AUGAACGGGAACAGGAACAACAGUUCGGCAAAGCCGUCCCUAGAAUCAACGCGCGAGAUGAAGGAGGAAGAGGAGGACGAUGCAGAGAUCCAGGAGAGUGAAAAGAUGCUGCAUGAGGAACCCUUCGAUUUGGACGAACUGCUCCCGGUGAUAGGAGAGUUUGGUCGAUAUCAAAAGCUGUUGCUCUGGUUGAUAUGUCUUCCCGCCUGCAUACCCUGUGGGUUCUGUGCAUUCAAUCAACUGUUCAUGACGGAUGUCCCAGAGGAGUACUGGUGUCGGGUGCCGGAACUAGCGAACUACACCGCCGAAGAGCGCAAAGCGUACUCCAUCCCGCUGGUGGUGCAUGACGGGGUGGAAAGUUACAGCAAAUGUUCCCGCUACGCAGUGGACUGGAAAGAGAUAUUAAACUACAGUGACGAUCUGGAUGGGCCGCUGGCACCGAACAGCUCGUGGCCGACGGAACCGUGUCUGGAGGGAUGGGAGUACAACACCACCGUCGUACAGUCAUCGAUAGUGAUCGAUUUCAAUCUGGUAUGUGAUUACGACAUCUACCCAACAUUAGGCCUGGUCGCACUCAACACUGGUGGCCCGGUUGGUGUUUAUCUUUUCGGACUGCUAAACGAUCGUCUAGGUCGUCGGAUAUCGUACUUCUCCUGCCUGGCAACACUGCUCAUCGGUAGCUUCAUCACGGCCGCCAGUUCAAGCUUUUGGAUGUGGGCAUUCAGUCGAGUGAUCGUUGGUCUUACCAUACCGGCCGUCUAUCAAAUCCCCUUCAUCAUUGCACUCGAACUGGUCGGUCCGAACUACCGAUCGUUUGUCACCGUAAUGACUUGCACGUUCUACACGUUCGGCAUCAUGAUGUUGGCCGGCGUUACCUACCUGAUCCGCGACUGGGUGCAGCUAACUCUCUACACAUCCGUCCCCUUUCUACUGUACUUUCUUUAUCUGCUCGUAAUGCCUGAAUCACCGCGCUGGCUGCUUAUGAAGGGUAAGCUCGAGCAAGCGCUACUAAUACUGGAGAAGAUGGCAAACGUUAACGGGAAGCAGCUGCCAGACAGCUUUCGGAAAAGGCUACAGCAGCGUGUCCUGGCGGAGAAGAGCCGCACGACGAAGCGUAACGAGCCAACGAUCGGUGCGUUCGACCUGUGCAAAACGCCCAACAUGAGACUGAAGACGAUACUGAUCACGUUGAACUGGUUCGCCAACGAGACGGUGUACCUGGGACUGAGCUACUAUGGACCUUCGCUGGGGGAGAAUCAGUAUCUUAGCUUUUUUCUGUCCUCGCUCGUGGAGAUACCGAGCUAUAUUAUUUGUUGGAUUAUAAUGGACCGUUGGGGAAGACGGUGGCCCAUGUGUUUGCUCAUGAUACUGAGUGGUAUUAGUUGUAUAGUGACUGUUGUCCUUUCGGAAGAUGCCGUGACGGAAACGCUUAUACUGUACCUGCUCUCAAAGUCGAUGAUAUCGGCCUCGUUCCUGAUCAUUUACCCGUUCGCUGGCGAGCUCUAUCCAACCCAGGUUCGAGGGGUCGGCAUCGGUACUUCCAGCUACAUCGGUGGACUCGGACUUAUCGUGAUCCCCUUCAUUACAUACUUGGGUAAAGAUAAUCUUCGCCUACCACUCGUCAUCAUGGGAUGCGUUUCGGUUCUCGGUGGCUUCACCGGACUUCGGCUACCCGAAACGCUGCACCACCGUCUUCCCCAAACGCUCGAGGAAGGGGAACUGUUCGGCCAGGACUGGACCUUUGACGAGUGUUUCCGUUGCAUCCCAAGCAAAAAGUCUCCAACCAGCUCGUACGAGAACCUGUCGCACGAUCCAUCCGAUGCAGCGCUGGAGCUAAAUGCCGCCGUUCCGAUCAAUGCCAGCACGUACGCCACCGGAUCGGGUUCCUGCUCAACCGAAAGGACACCACUCGAGCUGGCCCGAAUACGGCGCCAGUCGAUGAAACGGCUCGUCCGGCAGGCCAGCACGAUGGAUACGCAGAAAACGAAGGACGGUGCUAUGCAGCUGACUUACUGGUUUUAA